GACAGAGAUGAAGCGAAUAACAGUCCGGGAGAAGAUGGACUAGAUGCCUGCAAACUAACCCGCACUAAACUGGAUCAUGUUUUUGUUACACGCUUCCUGGAUUCUAUUCACACUAUUUUCACUGCAAAGUUGUGAUGGCGUACAGGUGGUCGUGAAAGAUGAGAAGAAGUUUGCCAUGCUAUUCUCCUCCAUCGUUCUACCAUGUCAUUACACCACCCACUCCACUCAAACCGCUGUGGUGCAAUGGUGGUACAAGUCCUACUGCACAGACCGCACUCGAGAUUCCUUCACCUUUCCUGAGUCCCUGGGAGUCCAUGUAUCUGAUCUGGGAGCAUCGUCUCAUCGGGACUGCUCAGACAACAGCCGCACUGUCCGCAUAGUGGCCUCGGGACAGGGAGCUUCCAUGACCUUAGCAGAGCACUACAAAGGAAGAGACAUCUCCAUCAUUAACAAAGCAGAUCUGCACAUUGGACAGCUGCAGUGGGGCGACAGCGGUGUGUAUUUCUGUAAGGUGAUCAUUUCUGAUGACCUGGAAGGAAAAAAUGAAGGCCAAGUUGAGCUACUGGUGCAGGGUAGGACAGGUGUGCUGGAUGACAUCCUGCCUGAGUUUGAUUUGGAGAUUAUGCCAGAGUGGGCAUUUGUGGGAGUUGUGGUUGUCGGUAGCAUCCUCUUCCUGUUGUUGGUUGGGAUCUGCUGGUGCCAGUGUUGCCCUCACUCCUGUUGUUGUUAUGUGCGCUGCUGCUGCUGUCCGGAUACAUGCUGCUGUCCAAAACAUUUAUAUGAAGCAGGGAAGAUGGCAAAGAGUGGCCAACCUCCUCAGAUCGCCAUGUAUCAACCUUACUACGUUCCCGGCGUUCCUGUAGUUCCUGUGGUUCCUCCAGCCGCAUCAUCUAUCAUUGAACCCAAGCUGCCUACAGUGCCUCCCUCAGUUGAAAACAAUAUAGCUGGAAUGCGCAGUGGUUAUCGACUCCAAGCCAGUCAGGGUCAGGACGCUAUGAAGGUUGUGUACUACCUAGAGAGGGACCUGGCGCAAUUCCACCCUACCAAGGGGGCCAGUCAUCCAUCAGCCGACAACCUAUCAGAACUGAGCUCUCUGCAUGACGGUGACAUAGACUUCAGACAGACCUAUCGGCAGGUCCAGAGGAAGGCACUGCCGCCAAUCAUUGAUCACAUGGAUGAGCCGCGACUCCGAACAGCAUCGAUUGGCCACGGGCUUCGCCCAUCACAUUAUCAGAGCGAUCACUCUCUGGAUGAGCAUGACAACAGGUGGAACUGUCGAUCUGAGCACCUGCCCCGCAAAGCCUUUGACGGCAGGGGACGCACCGUGUCCCUGGAUGAGCUGGAGGAGUUCGCCAUGUCUUAUGGCCCAUACGGUCGUCGAAGAGGAGACAUUCGCGGACCCCAGCGUGACUUUGAAAUGGCUCCGAGGACAAGGGACCAUCCCACAUCAUACCGUAACGGGCCUCGCUACCCUCGUGAGGAUGAUGAUAGUGACUGGCGCCGCCGAGGUUCGCCACCUUCCCCACCAAAAAGACGUGAUACCGCAGACAGCGAGCGCUAUGUUUCUCGUCAGAGGUCAUAUGAUGAUACCUACCUAAACAGUCUACUGGAGCGCAAGGCAAGGGGCCAUGGAGAGCGAGGUGGACGGGUUGAUGAUGACAGCGAUACACCCUCGAAAGGGAGUUCCAAGAAGAGCAGCGACUGUUACCAGAGCAGGUCACCAAGCAAUCGUCCCGAAGAGGAGGAUCCUUUACCUCCGUACUCUGAAAGAGAGGGGGAGAGGUUUAGAACUGAAGAGCCCACAGGGAGGGAACGGUACAGGACUGCUGAUCCUGCCAUGAGGCCUUUUUCAUACACACGUCCCCCUCAUGGACUGUCCCAGACGCUACAGGAGCGCAGGGAGGACAGGGACAAACCCAGGAAACUGACCACUCAUCUAAGCAGAGACUCUCUAAUUGUGUGACGUCAUCAGACUGAGCUGACAUCAUACUAAUAACACCACCAUCAAGCCGAAGAGAAAUACCCAGACACUAAUCAUCAAUCAGUCAGCAAGACACAUUUUAUGCAGGAUCACACAGACAUGAAGAGCUUGGGAACUUUUGCUGGUCAAGGGCAAGACAUAGCGUUUGUGUGCGUUUUAUUUUUUAUAUUGUUCAGUUAUAUCAGAAGAUCUAACCAAUCUUCAUUAGUCCUUAGAUUGCAGCUGCACUAAAUUAUGUCAAAAGGACGUGUUCAAAUGAUAUUCAAGUGCUCUAAACAUUCCUUGAUGUUUUGUUUAUCCUCAGUACUGUAUUGAGACACUGUCUCGGAUUUUUCAUUAUUGCCAUCGCCUUUGCAUGCACUGUACUGUACAUUUGUGUCAGUGUUAUUAAGUUGGCUCUCAAGGGAAGGAUAAAUGAUUGAUAAUGUGCCAUUUAUUUGUACUGCACAGUUUUAAAAUGAUUUUGAUAUGAA